GUUUUAACACUUCAACCACGAUGGACUUUGACGAUGGCAAAGAUGACAUACCCACUUUUUACGCGGGUAAAGAUGUUUUCAUCACGGGCGCGUCGGGUUUUAUGGGCAAAGUCUUGAUUGAAAAGUUGCUAAGGUCGUGCCCGGAAAUUGGGAAUCUCUAUUUGCUGUUGAGGCCCAAAAAGGGUAAAAGUCUGGAAGAGAGGAUUAAACAACUCACGGAUGUUGGGCUGUUCGACAGUUUGAAGGAGAGCAACAUUGGAGCCUUGUCGAAGAUCAAGCCCAUCGAUGGGGACGUGUCUAAACUCAACCUAGGCAUCAGUGAAGCUGACACCAACACACUGAUAGAAAAUGUGAGCGUGAUCUUCCACGCAGCUGCUUCGGUGCGUUUCGACGACCCCCUUCAAGAUGCCAUCCUCCUGAACACCCGUGGCACGAGGGAAAUAGUUCUGCUGGCCAAAAAAAUGAAAAAGCUGCGUUCCUUCAUCCACGUGUCUACCACUUACUGCAACACGGACAGGAAAGUGAUCGGAGAGGAGAUCUAUCCACCGCACGCUGACUGGCAACAAUCCAUCGAGCUGGCAGAGAACUACGACCGUCAUGUCUUGGACGUGUUGACCGCCAAGUACACCGGAACCUUACCCAACACUUACACCUUCACAAAAUCGAUGGCGGAGCACGUCAUCAAGGACUUAUGUGAUGGGCAACUGCCCGUUUCCAUCAUCAGGCCUUCCAUUGUGAUCUCCUCGGUUAAGGAGCCGUUCCCUGGUUGGAUCGACAACUUUAACGGCCCCGUCGGUCUGUUGGUGGCGGCGGGUAAGGGCGUCAUGAGGUCUAUUUACACGAACCCAAACGUUAGAGCCGACUAUGUACCCGUCGAUUUAGCCAUUAAGGCCAUCAUUUUAACUGCUUGGGCUAAAGGAGUGCAAUCGGAGGAGGAGCGUUUGAAACUGAACAUUUUCAACUGCAGCAAUAACAGAGUGCAAGCGGUCACCAGUAGGGAGUUGGUGCAAAUUGGAAGGAGAUUAUGUUGGGAGUAUCCUUUGGAAAACAUGCUGUGGUACCCUAACGGCAACUGGAUCACCACCAAUUACUACGUUCACUUCAUUAAAAUGAUCUUCUACCAUUUGAUACCAGCCUUGUUCGUUGAUGGCCUUUUAAAACUCACUAAUCACAAACCAAUGUUGGUGAAAGUUCACAGACGCAUCUUCAUCGCUAAUAUGGCUUUGGAGUUCUUUAUUAUGCAGGAAUGGACGUUUAUUAACGAGAAUAUUUUAGAAUUGGAGACGAAGAUACCGGAACAAAACAGGGAAGAGUUCGCGUACGACAAAUAUUCACCUUUGACGAUCCCGUACGUGUUUUUCAAAAACGGAAUUAUUGGCGCUAAAAAGUACCUUCUGAAGGAAAAUAGUAACUUGGAAAGCGACAGAAGAGCUGCCACAAGAUUAUGGAUUGUUUCUAUUAUUUUCAACGCCUUAUGGUACUAUACAGUGUUUUGGUUCUUGUAUUAUAAAAUGGACAUUCUAGGAAUUAUUUUAAACCGCCUGUAUGAUGCAAAAGUAUAUUUUACAACACCUUGAAAUAAAACUAUUUAUUUUUUA